GUUCUCUCUGUCUUUGGUCAUCUCGACAGUGUGACAGUAUAGAUCAUAGUCGCUCUCGCCACUGAUCAGACAUCACCUACAACAUGCCCAACACAUCUAUUCAGACCACCAUCUCUCCCUAUACGCAAAAGCCCUUGCUCACACGACCACUGCUCAGCGAGCAAGAACUCGAGAAUGUCAUUGGCGAAUCUGUCAAAGCUCAAAAGGCUUGGAGGAAAGUCUCAUUGGACGAUCGUCUGGACAUAGCCGACAAAUGGACGACUGAGUUUGAAAAGCUCACUGACCUUAUGGCGGAGGAUAUCUCCUCGCAGAUGGGCAGACCCAUCUCGAGCUGUAAAGGCGAGAUAUCCGGCACUCUUUAUCGUGCACGACAUUUGAUGAAAAUCGCCAAGGACUGCUUGAAGCCGGUCCCACAGGACAAGCCAGGUUCAGGCAACUUUGACAUGAGCAUCGUUCGAGAACCUUUAGGCGUAGUGGCUGCUAUCACUCCUUGGAAUUUUCCUUUCCUCACCAUGAUCAACUCUGUUCUCCCUUCCAUUCUCAGUGGGAACAGUGUCAUCAUUAAACCCGCGCCUCAGACCCCUGUCCCAGCCGAACGACUCCUUUCCACUUUCAUCUCCGCUGGACUCCCUCAGAACGUUAUUCAAGUCAUUCAUUUAUCUCAGGAAAUGACACUCCAGAAGUUUGUCACGGAUCCAAGGAUAGAUUUUGUCUGUUUCACAGGAAGUGUCGUCGGUGGUAGAGCAGUCCAGGAAGCGGCUAGUCGAGGUCAAGGCUUCAAAGGUAUCGGUCUGGAGCUCGGGGGUAAAGAUCCUGCAUACGUCAGGGAAGAUGCGGAUGUUGCGUACACGGCGGAGAAUCUCGUCGAUGGUGCCAUGUUCAACUCUGGUCAAUCUUGCUGCGCUGUCGAGCGUAUCUACGUCCACUCCUCGAUAUACGAUGAAUUUGUCAAGAAAUUUGUCGAAGUCGCCAAGCAAUAUAAGCUUGGAGAUCCGAGUCUACCAGAGACGACCCUCGGACCCGUCGUCAGUCCAGCGAGCGCUUCGAGAAUCAGGAAGCAAGUCAACGAUGCAGUCGCCGCUGGAGCCGAGUUGGUCUUGGCUGAAUCAGAAUUCGCAGAAGCGAAAGAAGGCACAUCGAUGGUUGGUCCUCAGGUCCUGGUGAAUGUCACGCAUGAAAUGGAAAUCAUGAUGGAAGAGACAUUUGGACCAGUCGUGGGAAUUAUGAAGGUAGAGUCGGACGAAGAGGCAUUGGGUUUGAUGAAUGACUCGCCAUAUGGUCUUACCGCCUCCAUCUGGACAUCUCCUUCUAAUCCCGAGUCCAUAAACGCAUUCAAUCAUUUUGUGGAGGAUUUGGAAUGUGGGAUGGUCUAUCUCAAUCGUGCGGACGCGCCUGAGCCAGCUCUCCCAUGGACCGGAGUCAAGAAUUCAGGUCGGGGCAUUACACUCUCUACGCUGGGAUACGACCAAUUGACACGAGCAAAAGGCGUCUGCCGUCGAUUACCAUGAGUGGGAGGUUGCGAAGGCUU